UGCGCGUUGGGUGACGGAGGUGGACGCGGUGCCGCAGCGCCGGUGAGAGCGGCUCUCAGUUUGCGGAACCGAUGGGACGCCCUGCACCAUGACACCCGGUAACCUUUCCCACUCUGUCAGACUCGCCGUCUGCGUCGUUGCUGCUGCCGCCGCCGUUUUGUUCUCCGUGUGCGGGCUGGAGCAGUGACGGGGCGCAAAUGUCCCAUCUGCUGCAUGUGGCGGCCGGGGUGAAAUGGACCAAGUCCCGGGCCGCCCGUAGAGCCGUCUUCCUGCUCCUCGCCGCCUACGGUGUCAGGAAGCUGUACCCGCUCCUCUGUCAUCAGCUCCACGGCAAAACUCAGCCCGAAACCCCGGCUCCCCGCCAUUCCCGCAGCCACUGCCCUGCCAAGAAAUCUCCGGCUGUCGACGCGGACUUCUUGCAGCAGCUGAUCGGUCUCGGGAAAAUCCUCUUCCCCAAACUGGUCACCAAAGAGCUGGGCUUGCUCUGCCUGCACUCGGUGGCUCUGAUUUCCAGGACCUUCCUGUCGAUUUACGUGGCCGGCUUGGAUGGGAAGAUCGUGAAGUCUAUCGUUGAGAAGAAGCCGAGGAGCUUUGUGCUGAAACUGGUCAAAUGGCUCCUGGUGGCCAUCCCGGCCACCUUCGUCAACAGCGUUAUCCGCUAUCUGGAAUGCAAGCUGGCCCUGGCAUUUCGCACCCGCCUGGUCGAUCACGCCUAUCGAACCUACUUCACCGAUCAGACUUACUACAAGGUCAGCAACAUGGACGGACGGCUGGAGAACCCCGACCAGUCGCUGACAGAGGAUAUCAUGAUGUUUGCUCAGUCCAUCGCACACUUGUAUUCCAACCUGACCAAACCCAUCUUAGACGUAAUGCUGACUUCCUACACCCUGAUCCAGACCGCGACCUCGCGGGGAGCAAACCCCACGGGACCCACGCUGUUAGCCGGGCUUGUCGUUUAUGCCACAGCCAGGGUAUUACGAGCCUUCUCUCCAAGGUUUGGCAAGCUGGUGGCCGAAGAAGCCCAGAGGAAGGGAUACUUGAGAUACAUCCAUUCACGUAUUAUAGCCAAUGCAGAAGAGAUUGCUUUUUACGGGGGACACAGGGUGGAAAUGAACCAGCUACAGAGAAGUUACAAGUCACUUGCUGCCCAGAUGAAUCUUAUUUUAUCCAAGAGACUUUGGUACAUUAUGUUGGAGCAGUUUCUAAUGAAGUAUGUGUGGAGUGGGAGUGGAUUAGUGAUGGUGGCACUACCGAUCAUCACGGCAACAGGUUUUGCAGACAAUGAGUCAGAAGAUGGGCACAAGCAAGUAAGUUUGGUUAGUGAACGAACUGAAGCUUUCACCACAGCACGUAAUCUGCUGGCUGCUGGAGCUGAUGCUAUUGAAAGAAUUAUGUCUUCAUACAAAGAGAUCACUGAGUUGGCAGGCUACACAGCCAGAGUGCACAACUUAUUUUCUGUUUUUGAAGAAGUUCAGAGAGGAAUAUACAAGAGGUCCACAAUCAAUCAAGAAACGGAAACUGACUGCACCAAAGUAGCUAAACAUGGAUUCCACAUUGAAGUUCCUUCAGAACAAAAAGGACAAGUUAUUGACGUUGAUGUAGGAAUUAUUUGUGAAAAUGUCCCAAUUAUUACCCCAAAUGGAGAGGUUGUCAUUUCCAGUUUAAAUUUUAAGGUUGAUGAAGGUAUGCAUCUCCUUAUUACUGGCCCAAAUGGCUGCGGAAAAAGUUCUUUAUUCAGGAUAUUGAGUGGUUUAUGGCCAGUGUAUGGAGGGGUAUUGUAUAAACCACCACCUCAGCACAUGUUUUAUAUUCCACAAAGACCUUACAUGUCUGUUGGAACUCUGAGAGAUCAGGUUAUCUACCCAGACUCUGUGGAAGAGAUGAAUGAGAAAGAGUGCACAGAUCUGGACCUGGAGCAUAUCCUAGAUAUUGUUCACCUGAAGCACAUUGUACAGAGAGAGGGAGGAUGGGAUGCAGUUACUGACUGGAAGGAUGUCCUGUCUGGAGGUGAGAAACAAAGGAUGGGCAUGGCACGAAUGUUUUAUCACAGACCAAAAUAUGCACUGCUGGAUGAAUGCACUAGUGCUGUGAGCAUUGACGUUGAAGGCAAGAUAUUUCAAACUGCAAAGAAUUUUGGGAUCUCAUUGCUUUCCAUUACUCACAGGCCUUCUCUAUGGAAAUACCACACACAUUUGUUACAAUUUGAUGGGGAGGGUGGCUGGCGAUUUGAGCAAUUGGACACUGCAACUCGACUUUCACUGGCUGAAGAAAAGCAGAGACUUGAGUCUCAACUGGCUGGAGUGCCUCAAAUGCAGCAACGACUGAAUGAACUGUGCAGAGUUUUGGGAGAAGACUCUGUACUAAGAACCACUGAAAUUGAAGAAUAGUGACACUGAAAAUGAAUGUGAAUAAUAUGACAAAAAGAUUUUCAAAUGAAUUGCAUGAGACAAACAAACUAAAUAAAACAAUCUCCUAUUUAUUAAGGAUCAAUAACUAGUUUCUUCCAGUACAACAAAUAACCUUAUAUUUCCUUUGAAAUACUGUGAUGUGUUAACUCUUUUUACAGGUUUAUGUUACUGCAUUGUUAGAAUUUAGUUAACUUAAAGACAUUUUCUUAAAAAUAUUAUGAAUGUUAUGAGGAGACUAAAAUUUAUAUUCUGCAAGGUAUUGCUCCCAUUCUUUAAAUGCAAUUAAAGGUUCUGCAUCAAUUGUUGAACAAAAAUUUCAUGAAGUAUCUGGUACAGCAAGUGGCCAGCUUAGAUCUUCACAAGGAUGAUGCCACAUCAACACUUGUUUAGCACUGUGCCCAGGAUGUUCCUUUAUAACUAAUGAACUUUUUAUAUUUUAAUUCUAAGAAUCCAGUGUUUGAGGAAAAAAGGAAUAGGGAGAGGUUCUUCACUUUUUGAUUUUCAAAAAAAUUGAAUAAAUGCAGAUCUCAACAGUAAAAGAUCAGGAACUCUAACCAUGUUUUAACAUGAAUAUCCAUUCCCUUUUUGCUCUUAUUACAGAACUCAAGUAAAUACAACUUCAUUUCUUGCAACUCCCAUCUGCCACUGUAUGCUUUCUCUGAUUCUUGGUAUUUCAAAACAUAAGACUGUUUACCUUUAAUAUUAAUAACCACUAUAGUUUAUAUAAAACAUACUACUUUUGUUGUAGCAAAAGAUCUAUUAUUUGGACACGUUUAUCUGCAUUUUACAAUGGGACAGUCUAAUAAUGGAGUUUAACUCCUCACAGAAUUUGUUUUCUCUCUAUAUUUAGUAUUCUUCACACUUGUACCUGGACACCAAGUCUAUGUAUUAUUUCCUGUUUUUAAUUCUUUGAAGAAUGGAGCUACUGAAUUUCAUUGUUGCAUCCACUUUGAUUUGUUCAUUCCCCAUCAGGAUGGUGUAAUUGGUGAAUUUUACAACUAUUGAUUGGCCAACAGGACAUGGUGCAGGAUUGGUCUUGCUUUCUUUGCAUCUGUCCUGAUACAGAAAAAAACUUUGAGUGCAAAGUGUUCCAUCUAGAGUUUAUGAAACUUGUGCACAGAGGAAAAUUAUAGUUCAGAUGACAAUCAAAGCCAGUAUUUAAACCUGUAAGGAUAAAUGUCAGUCUAAAAUGUAUCAUUGGAGCUCCUGGGUGUUUUUUCUAUUUGCUUUUAACAAAAACAUGUUGCUUUUGAAGUUGCAUUUUUAUUCAUUGUAUUAAAUCAUCAUUGGUCCAUUUUAACAUUUUGUGUUUAUGUAAGUGAGAUUGAAUUCUAAAUAAACAGGUCAUUUAUAUCGAUGUGACAAAGCUUGCUUCAAUAUUUUUUUAAAAAGUAAUUAGACCAUUUUCUGUGUCUGGGACAGAAAUUGCCAGUAAUAUUCUGUCUUUGAUUGCAUGUUUGUAUGCUGUAAAAUAUUGGUUUCCCACAAGUAUUGUUAGUCUAAUUAAUUAUACUACAGCACCUCAACCAACUUUAUAUUCUCAAUCUCUUUUGCAUGAUGCAUGCAGUCAUAUAGCAAGUAAGUCAGUUCUGUAAAAGUAUUAUGGCAUAGCAGUUCCAACAAAAUAUAUGGCUGGACCAGGAUGUGACAGAUAAAAAGCAGGUGCACAGGAAACAAGCAAGGCUAUUUCUCCUCAUGUGAGUUGAAAGAGUUUUAUAAUUACAAAUUAAUUGCAUUUUAUGCUGUGAUGGAAAAAGUACAAGAAACUUUGGUUUGAAAUUCGUCUCUGGUAGUGAUGCAAAAUAAGCAAUCCCAUACAGCUCGCAAUAUUCAUUUCUAUCGCAGUCUGUGAAACAGAAUAUCAGCUUCUGCAUUUAAUGAGCAGCUGAACCAUGCUUUCUGAUUUGUGCAACUGCCUGAAACAAAUAUCUACCCCUACAUGUUUUGAAUGUCUAUAAUUUUUGACGUGGUAAUUCUGGUCAAUUGAUCAAACACCAAAUCUCAAGUUUGGAAAUUGUAGACCCAAAUAUAGUAAGUUUGAGAGUAGAAAAGGAAAAUCUAUGUGAUCAAGGUUUACUUUGGAUAGAUAUAGUCAAGUUAUGAAAAAAAUGGAUGAGGUAAUGCACAACUGUAGGUCAAAAAAAAAACAGCUACUCAAGAUUUCAUAAAUGUGGUCUUCUGCUUCGAAUAGCUAAUAUUAGCUAGUCUUUCUUUGAAUUUUUAGACAUGGUAAAGGGAAUUGGACUAACAUGCAGAAAUGUAAUAUUAAAAUGCAGCAGGCAGUAUUUUUAAUAUUUCAUAAUUUACCAACACAGGCAAUAUUUGUAUAUGAUGACAAAUUUCAGUAUACUUGAAAUACCACUAUAGCAGCUUCCAUUUUGUACUGUUUGGAAUUAAUACGUAACCUGACUUGUAAAUAUCUUCAGAAAGAAUAGCUUUUGCACAGUGCAGUCAGUGCAGAGAGCAAAUCGUUUAAUCUGAAUCAAGAAUUUACCUCUAAUGAAUAUGAACUCUGUUUUGACAUUUAAAUUGCUGUUUUAUUUCAUCUGUAAGUAAAUGCACCAUAUUGUAUUGUAUUUUGGA